UUCAAUUUUAUCAUUCCGUAGCCAAAAUGGCGUAUCGGUGAGAAUCGCGUUCGGGAGAUCGGAGAACAGUGAUUUGUGAUUUGUGAACCACUUAGUGCCCAUUAGGAUGUAAAAUGAUUUCUUAGUUUUUGUCAGAGUUUUCCUAGUAUUUUAUAUUCCAAGCUUUGAAGGUUUACUGUUGUGCUUCUAUUAAUUUUACGAGGUGUUUUUGUGCCAUUGUGAGUCUCCUUCCCACUCGCCGAUUCCACGGAUAGCAAUUGAAGCGUCUAUCGUCGGGCAAUAACCCCGUCUAUGUCGCUGAACCUAUUCUAUCAGUCGAAGAUGGAAGCUUCGUGAUCGAGGAUGUACCCGUACUCGAUAAUGGGGACGCACUACCGGGCGCCGCCGCUGGCCCGACUUUUCCACGCCUUCCCCCAUCUCAACGUCAGCCUCCACCUCGUCAAUUCUACUUUCGCCAUAGAAAGUAACAUCUACCUGGAAUCUCUGGGUAUCCUAGGAUCAAUACCAGCAGCAUGGUUGAUCAUCACAUUAUUUUUACUUUUAAUUUAUUUGUUAACAAGAUGCUGUGAUCGAAAGCCUCGGCCUAAACACAGUAUAGUAGUUUUAAAAUGGACCCUUGCAAUUUUCACAGUCCUCUGUUGUGGUGCUGUUGGUGUGAGUCUUUAUGGCAACGAUGAUGUGCAUAAUGGUCUGCUGCACUUCCAGGCAGCAGUUCGUGAUAUUGAUAAGAUAAUUUCAGGUGUUAGAAAUCAGACAACUAACAUAGAAAAUACAUUAGAACGUAAAAUUUAUCCUUUAUUAACGGAACUGAAAGAUGUGUUUGAUAAUCCCAUCGCAAAUCAAACUGCACGAGCACUGUUACAAAAUGCCAUCAAUGCCAUGACAGGCAACAGGACAGCAUCCUUGGACAGCUGUCGAGACAUCAGUCGACCUCUGCGCAAUUUAGCCUUUGCGCAGGGUAUCAAUUUGGCCAGCCAAGCCGAAACUAUCAGGUGGCUUGUCACAAUGGGUGUAUUGAGUGUACUCCUAAUUUUCUGUGUAAUCCUUUUGUUCGGAGUUGCCAGACAUUCUCGCUGUGCUCUAAUUUUGUUCUCCGUUUUUGGACUGUUCGCUGUGAUCAUUUCAUGGUUGUCAACAUCCGUGUAUCUUGCUACCUCAGUGGCUCUUGGAGAUAUUUGCGUCGCACCUGAUCAGGUUCUGGAACAUGAGUCACCAUCUUCGUUCAAAUCUGACAUCCUCCAUUACUACACAACGUGUGAGAUUUCUCGCACAAAUCCAUUUACAGUUGUAAUCCACAAGGCAACCAAGUCAAUGCAGGCAAUGAAGUUCAAUUUAGCAGUGGUAUCAAGGCCAGCCAAGGAGCUAUACCCACCUCCGUUACUGGGAAUGCGGCUGGAGAUCCUCACAACAGAAGUCAACCAUGUUUCCGAAAUGAUCGCCAGCUUAGCUGGCCUUGUUGAUUGCAAGCCAAUCCACCAGCAGUACAUGCAAGCCCUUCAUGCAGUCUGCGAAGUUGGACUCUUUGGACUGGCACUAAUGCUAAUUGCAAGUGCUGCUGCCGGCUUCUUCUUCACUGUUCUUGUAUGGCUCGACUCGCACACAUGGAUUUACAUCCGGAAAAAGCGUGAUUACAUGCAAGUUGACGAACAAGAUCCGUUCCUUCCACCUCCGGCUGCGUCCCAGGCGAUCGCUGCCAGGACGCUUCACCGAAACCAAGGACGAAAGAAAGUAACAAAAGACGAAAUGCGCAGGAUUCACACAUUUUCAAAAAAUGGGAUACAACCAAGUGCGCCCGAAGCAGAAGAGUGGACUUCUUUGAGGCAGCAAUCAUUCACCAUGUCUGAUGUGAAUUUUAAGUUCAGUGAGAGAAAUGGGUCGCGGCGGGACAUUAGCAUCAGUGGCGGAGGAGGGGGAGGAGGGAUACUUCGGAGCGGAGGGCCGGAUUUCAAUAGUGGGGGACGAGGCUAUGCUGGUCAACCUGGUCAGUACGCGACUUUGAACCGCAAGUUCAGGACGUUGGAGCACCCAACAGGAACACGUCGAGGCCUCUCCCACCUUGAGCCUGGUAAUUCUCACACCCUCGGACACAAAAAGUUGCGUGAUGGAGGUGGUAGCCAAAACUACUACUCAACCAUCUCCAAAAAAUGCAAGACUCUAGAAGCCAAUGACUUCUACUGAGGACCGGCCUCUGUUAAUGCCAGCAACGGUUUUGGUAAUCCCAAGUACAACACAAUGAAACCGUUGUCCACUGCCAAAGUUCCAACAGUUGCUGCACCUGAUGGUUUCAAAAAUGAAACUAUCUCUAUUAUUAGCUCUGGUGCUGUCAACUCGUUCAAUAAUUUAUCUCAUUAUCCAAGCCCCAAUGCAAGUCCGUAUGGAGAUAAUGUUUGCAACAUGUCAACAUUUUCUGCUUCGAAUUCUGAGUAUAAAAUCACAGAGCUGUAAUUUUGAUGAUCUUUUCAAUGUUGAGUAGUUGAACUAUGUACCAGCAGGUUACUAUUACACCUCAAUUAUGCAUUUUUAACUGAUUGGCAAAACUUUGAACAUUUUUUCUGUCGCUGAGAGGAGUCCACAAAAAACUUGUCAAAGUUCAAUUUCCCUGAGUAUAAUUUUAUAUCUUUUUUCUUCGUUUUUGAUGAAAUUACACAAAUGGCUCAUGAAAAUUUCUGGUGAAUUUUAAUGGUGAAUGGAUUUUUUAAAAGAAUCUAUGUUUGUGUGGUUCUAAUUGUAUUCAUACUUUUCAUUUAUUUGCAUCCAAUCAAUUGAACCACUGAAAAGAACAGACAGAAUUGAAUAUCAUUUCAGAAAGAAUUGCAUUUCUUUUCCAUAAAAACAGUAGCCAACAAGUGAUAUGAGCUAACACAACCCAAAUAUUAUGCCAAUGGAAUAAUGCCAGAUAGAGCUUAAAAGCUGAAUUUGGACUAAACUUAAACAUGUAAUCAUAUCAUAAUUUUACCCUUGCUCCAGAUGGUAUUUCUAUAAUUGAAAAGUGUAUAGAGAACUGCAAUAUUUUCUUAGAAUGACUCAAUUUGUCAUGUUUUGCCUGUCAGUUGACAUCCCCUCCUCCCUCAACUAUAACCAAUUCCUCACUGAAUCUCCCCAAAUUUGUCUCUGUCAAACUCUAUCAGAGUAAAUAGGCGAUUGAUAGGUUGUACUAAAUGUGUGUAUUUACCUCAAAAAUAAUGGUUUCUUUCCAAUGCCUUUCAGAAGUUCUUCAAAUUUUAGGAAAUCCAAGGAUUUAAUCACUUUCCAUACGUAUUCUCUCAGGUAUAAAAAAUUGUAACAUAAUAAAAAAUUGUAACGUAAUAAAAAAUUGUAACGUAAUAAAAAAUUGUAAUGUAAUAAAAAAUCAAAGUGUAUCCUAGAAAAGAACUUGCCAAAUGUUUUUCUAUGAGAAUUUUGGUGUCUGUACAUCAUAUUCAGCACCUUAAUAUGCCUAAUUAGUUGUUUUCCAACAUUUUUGCAUGAACGUUAUCUGCUUUUUGAAUACCUUUGAGUACCUCCUUAAAGUACCUUCUGAGCACUGUAAAACAAUGACUAAUUAUUGAAAAAUCCCAACAUAGUUUUUUAUGUACAUGCAAUGAAGAUUGUCAGAAAAGUUGAAAACAGUUUUAAUGAUACAGCGCAGACUCUCUGGUGUAGUUUCCUGUGUCAUUUUGAAGCAUUUUAAAGGAAUCAAAAAGAGCGUAAAUUGAUGGUGUAAGUUCCUUUCUUCAACAAUUCUAGUCAUGAUAAGAAUGUGUAAAUACUGUAAAGCUCAAUAUUGUUUCUCUUAUUUUUAAAAAAUUUCUCUCAUCGUGUUUUCUGUUCCUUUUCUUUCCCAAUGCUAUGUAAUCAGCUGGUACACUGCUCAAGAAAAGAUCAUUAAGGAAUUCGAUGUUUUUAUCAUUAUUGAUUAAGAUUUAGUGCACUUGCAACAUCUCCAUUCAUAAUUCAGAAACACUUUUCAAUUAUGAUUUUCAGUCACCGAUUUGAAAAGUUUUAAAUGAUUUGUAUACGAACAGCUUAAUAACAGAAAUGAAAUUAGGCAUAAGAAAAAAUGAGAUAAAUGAAAUUUUGGCGUGAGACUGCUGCAUUGACAGACAGGCCACUUUUUGAAGGAAUAAAGUAAAUGUAUAAUUCGAUCCCAAGGUAAAAUAAUUGUUGUGAUUUUGAUUUUUGAAAGUAUAAAUAAUUAUCUAAUUAUGUAGCGUAUACAUACUGUAUUAUACGGGAAGUUAAUUUUUCUUUUCCUUUGUUCUGUUUUUGCAUAGACUUUAACUUAUGGCAGUGAUUUUUAUUUGGUAGUAAGAUUAGUUAGUACAAUGAAUUUUGAACAGUAAGCUGUAUCAAAUGUAAAAGGGUGUUUCCUUCUAUGGCUGCAACCAAUUCAGGCUCAAAACAAAGACAUGGUAGGAAAGGUUUUUUCUUUAAAAUCUCUGCCUUGUAGAGGGAAAAUAAGGUUUCAACUUUGUAACUGGUCCAGUUGAAAACUCACUAAAAAAACUCAAUAUUUAAAUUUCAAAAAAAAUUUCAACUUUUGUCAUCAAAACUGGUGUAAAAUCUUGCGUUUGUCGUUUCAAAUAAGAUGCCCCAAUCCAUAGGUUUAGGUUUUUUUCCCCAUAUCUAUGGAUACCCUGUUUACACAUUUUGUAUUGUAAAUAUGUAAUACCCUUGAUCCGUAAAAGCUACAAUGCUAGGCUGGGUCCUGUUUAUUAUUUUAACAGAGUCAGUGCCUAUACUGACUAAGGUAAUAAGUUGAAACGCCAACUUUCUUUGAUGUGUCAUAUUUGAAUCAAAUCUAAGUAUGAAAAGAAUGGAAUCAGAAAGCAGAACAAGUUUUUACUAUUUUAUCAAAAUUAAUGUUCAUAAUUUUGAUGUUAUAAAUUGUUAACAUCUUUUAAAAUCAUAACAGAACAUUUCAGAAGAGCGUCCGUUAAUUUUAAAGAAAUGGCAUACAAGUUUGACACAACUAUGCUCUUGAUUCAUAUUGCACAAUUUAGGAAGAUGAAUAAAUUGCUUUAUUAACUACCCAACAGAUUUGAACGCACAAAAAAUGCAAAGGAAAAGUACAUCGAGACUUGAAUAUGUCAAAAUUUCAUCAGUUGUAGCUUAGAGAAACUUCAUGAGGGGGAAACAUCAUAAUGUGAACCUUUUUUAGAAGAAGAGGAAGAUUAAAAACUCCUAUUUUAAGUUUGGAUGAUUUUUAACCUAAUGAUAGCUUAUCAUCUUAAAAAAUACCCAAAUUUACCUAUCUUGAAUUUGUCAUUAGCUUUGUUUAAAUAAUGGUUUUAAACUUUCUUUUUUUACAAAUAGGCUGUCACAGAUACAAGAAACACAAAAUCCGAAGCACAUAAACUUUAUCAACCACAAAAUAUUUGUCAGUCGAAUCUGUAAUAGAUUUGUGUCUAGUUUGUUGAUAGGUACCGAUAGAUGAGUGGAAAGGUAUGAUUACAGCUGUGCAAAGGUCAAAUUUCUCUUUUGCAAAUUAAUAGAAAUCACGUUCAUGAAAGAACUAAGAUUAGUCAUUUAUUCCAUUUCACUAUGGUCUCUUUCACUCAAGUAUUCUCCGCACAGCUCAAAGGGCAAUCAGCGCUUGUCUGAUUGACGAGACCAAGGCGGGAGACUACAGUCUUCAAUGAUGCUAUUGAUGACUUUAACCAUUGCGAUUUUAGAUAGACUUUUCAUCCAUUAAUUUAGAGAUCUAUUCUUCAAAAUUAACUAAAGGUACUACCCUAUUCUAUCACAAGUGUAACUUUUUUUUCCAAUUGCCAGAAACAAUAAGAACAUUUCUUCUUACAACUUUAUUUUGAUUUUUUGUUUUUAAUGCAACUGUUUAUUUAUUUAACUCUGUAAUCAUGCUAUUGAGUAUCAUAACAUUGAUUGGCUUUUCUUGGUUAUUCAAGUCUAGGGUAUAUCAAAUGUGACUGGCUUUCAACUUUCCUUUUAUUUAGUUUAAAAAAUAUCCACUGAUCUUGAAGACAAUGUGCUCAGUCUCCUUAUCUUGCUUUAAUCAAGACUACAUUAAAUCAAUAUUCAAUCUCUCUAGUUUUCAGUUGCCAACGCAUUUCACUUUUUUGUAAUUUCUUUAUUAGUAGAUACCAGCCCACAAAAUAAUUUUUUCUUACCUGUCUUGUUUUCACUCAUUAUUUUACAUUGAAAAUGUAUUCUCUCAUUAUAACUUCUAUUUAUUAUUUGAUUGAAAUACACAUGACAGCCUAUUCCUAUUUAAAUUUCAUUAUUUGAAAGGCAAUGAUAACUUAAGCACCCUUUCCAAUGGAACUUAGGUCUCUUUUACUUUAAAUAUGGCGUUCAAUCAAUCAGGUAUCGUGUUGAAAAAUUCCGAAAGGCAUUAUGUAUUUUGGUUUCACUGUCAAGCUUUGUGUCUCCAUCUCAAGACCAACAGUUCACCAAGACGAAUAGCCAUAUUCUUUCUUUCCCAAUAAGAAAUAAUAGCCUAAUAAAAAAAAUAAGCCGGAUUUUCACAUGCCUUUAGCGCAUAGAAUUCGGUAAAGGAAUGCUUAUGUUGAUCAGUGAAGUAUCAUUGUCAUUCACAGGGUGUCUACAGGUCUGGAAAACGGGGAGUUGCCUGGGAAUUCCAUCAGGUCAAGGAAAAGUCGGGAAAUUGUGAAAAAAAAAUCUUGAAACUUGAAAUCAGAAAAAUCAUUAGCAUUGUCCACAAAAUUGAACUGAGUUUCAGUCAAGUUCAGAGUUCAGUCCUCUGUCACACUCGGAAUAGUAGAUAGAGGGAAUAUGCAAGGAGGGUUGCAAUUUUAGUCAAUUGAGUAACUAAUGUCUAAAGAUAAAAGGUUCACAAGUUUUGGGUACUUGCAAUGAAAUAAAUGUCGAACAUUACUCAUUUUCAGUAUUGCGCAAGCGAAUGUUUGCCGAAAGUCAGGGAAAUAUCUUUGUCAGAGAAUUUUAUCCCACUGAGUCUGUAGAAACCCUGCAUCCCGAUAUAAUACAUAACAUUUACUGCUUCAAUUUUAUCACCUAAUAUUGGUUAAGAUGCAUUUAAACAAUUUUUCAUGGAAAUUGCUCACUGGUAUGCUCAAGCUUCCGCCAACAGUAAUUGAACCAAAACUAACUGUAGGUGCACUUUAACCUGGGAAAAAGUGCAUUGUAUGUUAAGCAAGUGCCAUUCAUAAUUAAAUCGUGCACUCUGUCCUAAUUAGUUUUAUUGCAUACUUUCUGCAUUUAAUUAUGGUGGAUAAGUCUUUCAUUCUAAAGUUGACUGUUACUAUAUUAAGUCAAUUAACUGUCUGAUCUCGUCUGACACCAUCAUACAUUCUCAAAAAUUUGUUUAGGUUUUAAAAUGUAAUUUUUUUUUUUUUAAAGAAAAAAACCCGAGGAAACCUGUAUGCUGCUAAUCUCAAGUUUGCUUAAUUUCUGCUCCUCUCCAUAAAUUCUGUCUUUGUAUUUGUCUUUUUGUAAAUUAGGUUCUUUUGGGUUUCUAAAGUCCUUUACUUUGAAGCAUAGGCUUAGCGAGCUGUAGGCUGUAUUUGGGGAGGUUUAAUUUUUCAAUCAUGGGAAACGCCUGUAAGAUAUUACCUAAUUUUAACUGAUAAUUCUUCAAAUUUCAUGGUGAUUCUUUUUGUCCAAAGUGAAAAUGUUCUUUUCUUUUUUAAAGUAGUCUAACAAAAAUGUGAUCAAAAUGUUAUCUCUGAUCUUGACUGAAUAAUUCCUUAUUUUGAUUUGUUUAAAUCCUGGCUUGAUGAACCGAUUCUUACAGUUCACGCAAUACUCCUAUCUGAUCUAUACAAUAUCUUGAAGAACAAAAUUUCCAGUAGGCUCUAUAUAAAAUGAAAUCCCUUGCUCCUAUAGUUAAAUUUUCAAAAUGAACUUUUCUUUUUGCAAGGGUUGGUUCAUUAAGUAGAAAUGACGUAGGAACUUUAGAGGAGCGUUUUGUUAAAAAUAAAUUCGUUAGUGCUUUGAAAUUUUAAAAUAGAGGAUUUUACUUCAUGACCAAUUCAGAGAAAGUAUAUGUUUUGCCUCUUUGUUGAUUAAGAUAAAUAUUAGUGAUGUACUCACCUUCUCUACAUUAUUGUGGAACACCUAGUUGGCCAUUAUUCCUCAGGGCUUAAACAUUUUCCCAAUUAAAUCUAACUAUUAAUUUUUAUAACUUAAAUGACUGCCUCCUUCAUCCUAAGGUGUUUGACCCUCUUUUGUAGAUAAUUCAUUUUUAUGAUACCCAUUCUUACUUAUGAAAUAAUCCAAUCGGUGCCAAGGUUUUAAAUAGUCAAUACUGAUCAUUCUACACUUCCAUAAUUUUUUCUCAUGUUUUUCUAUUUUUCGUCUUCUUAUGAUUUUUCUUCUACUAUCCCGAUUUCUCUCUUUUUCUCAAACUGCGUUUUUAACAUCUACUGUGUUUGAAACUCACCCACUUUCAAGUCUUUUUGAAUUUACGUCCUUUUACUUGCAUCUCUUGUUAGGUCUUAGAUCUGAGUUUCUCAAAAGAUUCAACAUAAAGACCUGAAUUCGUUCUCUAGAAAUUAAUGAAAAUUUUUUUAUUAACAUAUUUUAGGAUUUUUGUUUUCUGUUCUCGCUGCAAAAAAAGAUUAUUUUUAACUUAUGAAUGAUCUCUACUUUUCUCUUUUUUCUUUAAAUAACAAAAUACAGAUGACAAUCUGAAACCAGAAGUAUACUGGCUGUAAGUUUCAAAAGUUAGGGAAAUCCCAUUUUUAUGUUAAAAAUAUACAUAUUAAGAUGAUGGUUUUAGACCUUACAUUCCAUUUGAAUUUUCUUUAAAUGCGCAAGUCGUACUUUUAAGUUUUUUUACGGUCUUGGCUCUUCGUCUGAAGCUGGGUCAUCUAGAAAUUGCUUUUUUGAUUGAACUUAAUAAAAUACUCGAGCCAUCGACUCCAAGAUCUUACUUUUAUUUGGUGCCCAUAUUGUCAGUAUAUGUAUAUAUUUACACUCAAACAUAUUAUACUUAAGCCAAAAAUAUUUGUAUGCAUUCUCAUUUGAUAUUGUGUCAUAAAUAUUAUUCAUUUCUAUGGAAAACUAGGAAAAAAAUUGUUUCAGCCUGAAACUGAGUUGAGUCUUUGCCCUCUUCAUGUCAGUUUGAAAUAUUCAUAAUGUUUCAAGUUAACAUGUGUUUUUAUCCAAGUCUCUGAAUUGGACCAGUUAAUGAUUACAUGAAGUACUAUCAAUAGACCCAGGACCACUUAACAAGGUACAAAUUGAAGCAUUCUGGUUCAUGAUUCCUCUUCAAAAUUACUCUUAAAACACGACUUGUGCCACAAAAAUUACUGAAAUAACUCCGAAACCAAGAAAUUAGCAAUUUUAUUUAACAUUGGAGAUGAAAAAUUUGAAUUUCCCGCUAACAAGAAAAACCUGAGUCCACUUGAAUCCAAUCGCACACUACAACACUUUUGGCUGGCUUUUCAAUCAAGCAGUGUUUUUCUCCAUUCUGUGAUGUACGCAAAGUGUAAACAACGAGCUAUAGCUGAGCUAAAGCACUAAGAUGGAGGUUAUCAUAUUUCCAUACCAAGGAGACUGUCAUGUGAUCAUGCGAUUCAAUUCAAGUAGAUUAUGACUUUUCUAUGGACAGAAAGUUUGAAUUCCUGAAUUCGUUUUCCCCAAAGUUUUGAUGAGUCGUUUAUUAUAUUGCCUAAAUUCGCAACUUGGCAAGUGGUUCAUUAGGCGUUAGUAGCCUCAGCACCUGCUCUUACGCCCAAACUGAUAUGGGAGUAUCUAAUUGUAAGUUGCAAGUAAUGAAGUUUGAAAUGACUGGACUCAGUUUCAGGCAUUGUUUUGUAUGUAUUUAUCUUGAGCAUGGCUACUUAAGUCAGUUUGUUUUAUAGUACAAUAUAUAUAUUAAAAAGUGCUCAACUUCUUAACUUUAAUUUUAGCAAUAGGUCUUCGGAACAUCACUCAUCUUGUAAUUUAAAAUCUUGUCUCUCAGUCAAAAAAAAAAAACUUACAAACUCAGUGAGUUAUAAUUUUAAGUGAAAAGUAAGUGUCAUGUCAAGCAUUUCUCAGUCCCAACAGUUUUCAAAGUUAUUAUAGCACCUUAAUAUUUUGUAACUGAUGAAACUUGUAAAGUACUCAUAUCAACUGUGGUUUUUAACUAAUUUUACUCCUAUUUCAUCUUUCCAAGAAAAUAUCGAAAACGUAAAAAAAAAAAAUUAAUACAUAGUAGAAAUACCUACUACCAAAUCUCAAGCAAUUAAUUUAAUUUAAUCAAUUUUUUUUAAAAUUUUUAAUUGGUUGUUCUGCUUGAAAGGUAAAAUAUUCCUGGAAGUUUCAAAUAUUGCAGACUAAGAUAGGUAUUUUUUUUUUUUACUUUCAUCGAUACAAACCGAAACUAUCAGAUCCUGUUUAUUCACACUCAGCUGUACAUCCUAUCAAUGACCCGUUUCUAGUUGUUCCUUCAAGAGUUGGAGUUUUUGUCUCUGAUCUCAUAUGCGGGAACCGUUUCAGGUAGUUGAAGAUUUUCAUUACAAUGCCAUGUUAACUUCAUAUUAUAGGUUAAAAGUUACUUCAUAGGUAAUUUUUACCUGAAGAAUCGCCAACAUUUGAGAACAGGACUCAGCGCUUCCUUACAUAAAAAUUAUCCCAAAGAUAAGACUGACAACAUGAACAAGUAUAAAAGUAAGUCUUAUGUGCCAUGUAUACUCAGAUUUUUUUUUCCAAGAUUUGUCCUUCCCCCAAGUCUAAAUGUUAUCUUCCUGUAAGAUCGCCCCUUGUACAAAUUCUUCUUAGGCAAGGAAUUAGAUCUUUUGUAUGAUUAAAUAUUUUAAAUUUAAGUUACCACUAUCAAUUUAUCUAUGAAAUUACUGUAGGUAGCAUCGAACUCUCUCUAGCAUUUCUUUUGUGAAUCAUUAUUUGUACAUUUUGAUACUUUUAUUUGAAUAAACUAGACUUAAAAUGUUA